CAAACCCAAGUACUCCAUUACAUUUCAAUUCUCUCAACUCUCAAAUCUAAACAAAAUGGCCCCCAAGAAGGACGAGAAGCCCGCGACCGCCGAGGCUGGCGCCGAGGCCCCUGCCAAGGCUGAGGCCAAGCCCAAGGCCGAGAAGGCCGGCAAGAAGGCCAAGAAGGAGCCUGCCAAGAAGGCCGCCAAGGAGCCCAAGGGCGACGGCGAGAAGAAGGAUAAGAAGAAGAAGAAGAGCGCCGUGGAGACCUACAAGCUGUACAUCUACAAGGUGCUCAAGCAGGUGCACCCCGACACCGGCAUCAGCAGCAAGGCCAUGUCCAUCAUGAACAGCUUCAUCAACGACAUCUUUGAGAAGGUGGCCACUGAGGCCUCCAAGCUGAGCCGCUACAACAAGAAGCCCACCGUGACCUCCCGCGAGAUCCAGACCGCGGUGCGCCUGGUGCUGCCCGGCGAGCUGGCCAAGCACGCGGUGUCGGAGGGCACCAAGGCCGUGACCAAGUUCACCUCGGGCUAAACGCCCUCUGGAUGGAGUCUGGAUGGACACCUGGACACAUACCCCAAAACAAAACUCGGUGUUUCUCAACACCACCUUCACACGCCUGGAACGGGGUGGGGAAAGCGGCUGGGGAGCCGGGCCAUCUGUAUUGACCUGAUGGGCUGCUGAUGUGAUCUCGCUGUAUGCAACAUCAGGGUGCCGUGCCUCGGGGCGGCAUUCAUGCCAUGCACCAUGUGUCAGGCGGUUCCACGUUUGUUGGGGGCUCCUGGGAUCUUAAGGGGCCCGGGAGUCUACGGGGAUCUACCAUAGCGUGUUGGCGUGCACUGUAAACGGCAACAGCA